GUCUUUCAAGCUGGAAAGGUCAAUAUAACAGACACCUCCCAAAACAAUCAUGGUUGCCAGUCCGUCUCUUUCAAGACGCAGUUCCAGGGCUCGGGUGGCGUCAGAGUGUUCGUCACCCUUAACCAUGGCAACAAACACAUCAAAAUCCACGACCCAGCUGUGCUGUGGGUGAAAUCGAUCUCUACGUCAGGAUUUAAGGUUUGCGUUCGCGAGGCAGGAAGUGGCUCAGCAGGUACGUCUGUUAUCAACUGGUUUGCAUCUCAAGGUUCGCAUCAAGGAAUUAAGUUUGGCACCGUGGACUUCGAUGAAUGGGCCACAAGAACACAAUGCAAACGAGUAUCGAUCACUGGUAACCGCAGUAAUGGUUUUAAGAGCAAGCCUCAAAUUUUUAUUACUGUUCAGCAUAAGCAUACGGACAGACCAUAUGAUUCCAUGAAUCUUUGGCUGGAAGAUGUCAAGAAAAACGAGUUUCAUAUCUGUAUGAGAGAGUUAAUGGCGUUUGAUGGCAUCCAUUCAGACCUAAAAGUGCACUGGAUUGCAUACGACACCCUUCCCUCCUACUGGAACUUCACUGAGCGAGGGAAAAUUAAUUUUGCUGGAUUAGGGACUCCAUUAAAGGAAAAUAACUACGCUUUUUGCCAGGAUUUGAAAUUUGAAACUUCAUUCUACAAGCCACCUGUUGUCCUGAUAUCCGGAGGUUACGAAAACUCCACCUGUGCGUCGUCAAGUGAUUCGGAUGGUUGUCACAACGCGAUGAACGUUUGGAUGGAGGAAGUCAGUCAAUCGGCGUUUAAGGUUUGUGUCAAGGACAGCCAGGGAAUAAGUAGGAAUCACGAUCCAAUAGCAGUAGAUUACGCUGUCAUUGGAGAGCCUGACCCGUGCAUCAACGUUACAUGUGAACACUUUGCUGUCUGCAAGGCAUUCGACGCAUUUGACGCCCGCUGUGUGUGCGAAGAAAACUGUCCUUCAUACGAGGAGCCAGUGUGUUCAUCCAACUCUACCACAUUUAAAAACAAGUGUAUCUUUGAACUGGAAAUGUGCAGGCUGAAGAGUAACCAUACUCUGUAUCAUCCUGGAAGCUGCACUGGUUUUCCUGUCCGGCGUGGGCGAGUUGAACUUAAACGAGAUGUUUCCUGGGCUGACACAGCUUGCGAGCUGGUGACCUUCCCACCAUUUUCGUUCUAUCCGGACAAACAGGUGCAUGUUCAGAUCACAACAAAUCACUGGAACUCCACCAGAAAGAACUUCGUGCACGAAGCCACCGUCUCUUGGGUGGAAAAUGUCAAUUACCAAAAUUUUAAGGUUUGUGUGACGGCUGCAGGCAGAAAUGACCGUGGUACUAAAGAAUUUGCGUUCGUUGACUGGAUGGCUUACCAAGGUGCUCCAAACGGAGGUGUGGCGGGAAAAACACGGAUUCCAGAAUGGUGGACCGGAACGAAAUGCCAAAAAAUUACCUUACCCAGUGGUAAAUUCGCUGCAAAACCUAUCGUUCUGGCUACAGCGGAUCACGUAAGUUCCGCCUACAAGCACGACGCCGCAAGUCUUUGGAUAGAAAAUGCCACCAGUUCCUCAUUCUAUAUCUGUCUCCGUGAACUGCAAAAUUACGAUGGUCUCCAUGAAGACAUUUUUGUGAGCUGGAUGGCUUUCGAAGCAAUACAUCGCCCACUAUUUACCGAAAGUAAAAAUAUCGAGUUCCCUAACAACAACUCGGUUUCUAAAAACUACAAUGGCGCAUUCUGCGAGGACGUGCAGUUUUCAAAGUCGUAUGACAAAGAACCUACAAUAAUAGUUACACCAAAUCACGAGUCAAAGGGAAACAACUUAAAACCAACUUACACGUCUGUUGCUGCAUGGAUAGAGCAUAUAAAGAAGUCAGAAUUUCGUAUUUGUCUCAAGGAGCUGUUUGCUGAUCAGCAUGAUCCUAUUACCGUAUCUUAUGUUAUUCUAGCUGACGUUUGUAAGCCUGGCUGGUCAUACUUCUCUGGUGUUUGCUACUCCACAAGUCAGUCAUGCAAGAACUGGACUGAAGCUCAAAAUACCUGCCAAAGAGACAAUGCCAACCUGGUCGCCAUUAAAACUCAAGAAGCAAAUGUUUACGUUCAGCACCGUCUAAAUGGAGAGAAGGGUUGGAUCGGACUGAAUGACAGAGACGCCGAGGGCACAUUUGUUUGGGCUGGUAACCAGUCAAGCAACUUCACAUAUUGGGCUCCAAAUCAACCUAACGAUUUCAGACUAGACGAGGACUGCGUUCAUACCCUAGGAGUUGGACAUAGUUUUGAGUGGAAUGACGUAAGCUGCGGAAGCUGCCAUAACUUCACGUGUUCAGAGGACCUUGAUGAAUGCGUAGGAAAUAAUCAUGACUGCAGCAAGAAUGGUAUCUGCACGAACACACAUGGAUCGUAUAAAUGCCAUUGUGCCAGUGGGUAUAGCGGUGAUGGUUGGAGUUGUGCAGAUAUAGAUGAAUGUUCUAUAAGUAAUGGGUGUGAUAGCAGUGCAACGUGUCAAAACACAGAUGGAUCGUAUACUUGUAGUUGCAUAAACGGCUAUACUGGAGAUGGAAACACUUGUAGAGAUGUCGAUGAAUGCACACUCAACAGUCAUGACUGUGAUGCCAACGCAAAUUGUACAAACACACCAGGAUCAUUUACUUGCGAGUGUGACCAUAGCUCUCACUACUAUGGCAAUGGAAAAACGUGCUAUGCUAACCGUGGCCUCGAUGACUCAUAUAUCAUAGGUGGAGACACAAGUAAAAUGACCCAGCUGAAUUCCUGGCUUCAUUCCCGCUUGCAGAGUGCGUCGAAAAGUUACUGGAGACGGUGCUACAGGGCUUCUCAGAAUGGAUGGUAUUCACGAACAUUUCACCGCCAGUGCGAUAACCUUGGACCCACUGUGACCAUAAUUCGUGCUCAUGGCUACAUAUUUGGUGGUUAUACUGAUAAGUCAUGGCAAUGGUCCCAAGGAUACAUCUAUUCAACACGAGCCUUUAUCUACUCUCUUAAAAACUACUACGGAUACGGAUACUUUAAAAAGGAUGUUAACGCCUAUCCAUCUUAUGCCACAUACAGCUACUAUAAUUACGGUCCGACCUUCGGUGGAGGACACGAUAUUUACGUUGCAAGCUAUGCAAGCAGUAGCUAUAGUUCUUACUUCAGCUGUCACUCGUACACCAGUCCAUAUUGUAACAAUUAUAUGUGGACAGGAAGUUCUUCUUUCUGCGCAGAUGAGGUAGAGGUUUACUACGAAGCAAUUUCAACCAUUUGAGUAACUUUUAAGAAAUGAUUGGAAAGUGUAGAUCUCUAACAAUCCUAGCUACAUCCUUCUAAUGAAACUUUUAUUUUUCUAUCGAGGUUACGGCACAAGUUAAUUAGAAGCAUGUUUUCAUUUUUUUUCUUAUAUAUACAUGUUUGCCCGUAAAAAGGUUGUAAGCUGAUUAAAAUUUUCCGAAAUGAA